AUGUUUAAGUUAAAUUACAAGUUAUGUAACGGCUUAAGAAAUGUAUACCACUUCACAGGUACACAGAAACGUAGCCAUAUAAAACCGCAGUUCGUGGGAAUAAUCCCGCUCAAAUGUAAGAAAUUCGCGACGGGGAAGAAGAAUGCAGCCAGUGAUAAAGCGAACGAAGUUAAGGACCAUGGACACGAUCAUGAAGGGCACGCCAAGGGGUUGUACCAUCAUGUAGAGCACCAUCAUGGAAAUCCUCGAGACCAUCUAGACCAAGACGGGGUGAGGAAACCCGAAUACGAUUUUGACAACUUUCACUGGGAUGAUUACUGGUUACACACACCAAAACAAAACAUAGUAAUUGUGAAUGGGCAAAAAAUGAUUAAGGGAGAAGAAACGAAGCCGAUGGAAUACCUAUUUAAUGUAAGCCAAAAGAACAUUCCUUUUUGGUCCAGAACAAGAUUAAAUGUGUGGGGAAACUACAAUAUGGUUUUAAAAGUUGAAUUUUUGUUUUUUUGGAUUCCAACGCUUAUCAUUUUUAGCAUCGCGAUUCCCUGUUUCACCAUGUUGUACAUGUUGGAUGAGAUCGUUCACACAACCAUGACAGUGAAGGUUAUAGGGCGACAAUGGUAUUGGAUUUAUGAAGUAGAAUCCCCCCCGGAAGACGACGAUGAUGAAUAAGGCAACACCAUUUUUUUACUUUUUUUUUUUUUUUUUAUAAAUUGCAAAAUAGUUGGCAUUACGCGUACAGAAAUGGGUUAAGUGUUAAAGUUUACAUUUUGCGUUCCACUGAAGUAGUUUAAAUGAAUUAAUUUUUUGACAGUGGUACUUUGACCACGCAUGCGGACUGUACACAUACAUACACGCAGCACAUUGCAUGUUUUUUACUUUUAAUAUUUGCCAGUUUAUACGUUACGUACGGUGUAGUACGCACGUUAUUUUUAUGUUGCAUGUACGCUGCAUUUUGCCCCAUUACGUUGUGUUGAUUUUUUUUUGUCUGAACAGCCAUUUUGCGUUACAGUACCAUUUCCAGUUGCACAACAUUACAGUAAAAAAUUCCCCAGACGAACUUCAUUUUUUACUAAAAUGAUGGAAACAAAAUAUGC